AUGGCGGACCCCAAGACUUUGAUGGAGCAGUUGAAGUUAUUUCUGGAGAGUCCCGAUGCGCUUGAAGCUGAUGAGGCCCAAAAACAGGAACUCCUGAGACUCAGCCGCAAGACCGCAGCUGCACUGGAGUCGCCUUUUGAAACUCUGCAGAAACUCGUCUACUCCCCGUUGCCGCUUGUGGUUGCGAGGAUAUGUCAAGAUCGCAAUAUUUUCGCCACACUGGUUGCAAAUCAAGACGUUGCGGCUGUCAACUUGGCAACGUUGAUCACAGCAAGCGGACUCCAACCCAGCGUACUUGAGUCGAUCAUGAAUUAUGCAUGCGUGCAAAACAUGAUGGCCGAGGUAUCGCGAGGACAAUAUGUUGUAACCAAGCUGACCCACACGCUGCUCGCACCAGUGUUCGUCGACGGCGUGACCCAUUUCCAUGACAACUGCCUUCCGGAAUUCUACACCUGGAUGGAAACGAUCCCUGUCCAGAAACGGGCCUUCCACAACUUCAUGAAGGAGCAAUACGCCGGCCUGCCGACAUGGCUGGACGUGGUUGAACAAAUUCUGACGGAGCAGGUGCUUGUGUCUACUAUUCGCCAAGUUCUCCACAACUUUGACGAUGCUUCGUGCGUCCGCAUCUUGAAGUCCCAAAUCCCUGCUCUUCGGCCUGAGAGUGUCGUUGUGAUUGACGAUAAAGUCUUGCCCGACGAUAAACCACCGGCUGGAACGCUUGGGGUCGAGUACACGGCCGCGCUGAGCAUCUCAAUCAAGGUGAUGUUUGACGCUCAAGAGAGGCGCGAGACACACUGGCGGGGGUUGUUGGACCAGGCUGGUUUGCAAAUCAAAGACAUUAGGAAAUUCACCAGAUUUGAUGAUGCUGUGAUUAUAGCAGCGAAGAAGGCCUAA